AUGGGUGCUUUUUUGUCUCGACUGAAAGGUGCAUUAUUUGGGACGCGUGAGCUAAGAAUAUUGAUGUUGGGCCUGGAUAAUGCCGGGAAAACGACGAUGUUAUAUAAGCUCAAGCUUCGUCAGAGCGUCAAAACGAUUCCUACUGUUGGGUUUAACGUGGAAACGAUAUCAUACAAAAACAUCAAGUUCAAUGUAUGGGACGUAGGCGGCCAAGACAAGAUCCGACCGCUUUGGCGUCAUUACUACACUGGCACACAGGGUUUGAUUUACGUUGUCGACAGCCGUGAUCGCACGCGCAUGGCAGAAGCACGCGAAGAGUUGCACCGUAUCCUGUCAGAUCGAGAGAUGCGCCAUUGCGUACUGCUUGUAUUCGCUAACAAGCAGGACCUGGCAGGUGCGAUGUCGCCCCAGGAAUUGACGGAUCAACUUGGUCUGUAUGCAUUACAGUCUCGCCCUUGGUUCGUCCAUCCGAGCUGCGCAACCACCGGACAGGGUCUUACUGAAGGCUUGCAGUGGCUAAGCCAGAAUAUCCGUGAUCCUACUAAGUAA